GUUUAUUUCCAACUGUGCUUUGGAUAUUUACUUUGCCACGUCAACAGAUGUGAGUCACGAGUCAUGCACGAACAAGUUGUCAUUAUUAGUUAGGAACACGUCAUUAUUUGCAUUGUAGUACUACUAAUAUGCCUGCCACCCCACAUCAAAUCCAAGACAUCGUUUGUUACAACCGAUAUACUCGCAUCAAAUAUGAAUCGCCUUAUUCUCGUUGCACUGUGCGUGGUCGUUACGGCAUGUAUUCUGCAUGCAGCUACAGUAGACAAGAACGAACCGGCCAAGCAAGACGUGAAGGCUGCGGUCGCUGAAAAGAAGGACGCUGGUGUAAAGCCUGCUGCUGAGAAAAAAGAGCGCAAGCCAGAACAGAAGAAACGUGAACAUGAGAAGACACAGCCAGCCUCCAAGAAAUCUAAGAAUGCCGCACCUCACAAGAAAGACGAGAAACGCGUCCCAGCUGAGAAGAUGAACAAAAAGCGUAAUGUCGCUAAGCCCGAGAAAAGACAAGCACCAAAUAAGGAAGUCAGACAGCCUGCACUGCACGAAAACAGCAAACUGAAUCGCAAAGACUUGAAGGCUGAGAAACCAGCCAAGAAGGCACAAAACCCAAACAUGAAGGAAAGGAAUGCCAAGAGCAAGAAAUCUCAAGAAAAACGUGCCCCAGCAAAGAAAGCUGAUGCAUCCCAAACAAUUAACAAGGCUUAAAAUAAUACUUGUGUAGACCAAAGUGUAGCAUCCCCCUUCCCACAAAAAACUGUUAGCCAGUUGCUUUUCCUCCGACGACAUUCUCGCCAAACGCAAAUAACAUUAGUAGUUACAUAUAGAUCAAAUAUCCUACGUCCAUGCAUACUGUUCUGUUUUACGGAAUAAUAAAGUAGUUCUCUAGCA